AUGACUGCCUGCUCUCACGAUUUCAGAUCGGAUACGAUCACAAAUCCCACCAAAGAGAUGAUGGAAGCCAUCACCAACUCGUACUCUGCUCUUGGCGACGCAGUGUACGAGGAGGACACCAUCACCACCAACUUUGAGAGCCGAAUCAAGGAGCUCACCGGCCACGAGGCUGCUGUCUUCGCCGUCUCCGGUACGAUGACUAACCAGCUGGCCAUCAGAUCCCACCUGUUCCAGCCUCCACACUCGAUCCUGUGUGAUCAUCGAGCACAUGUGUACACCUGCGAAGCUGGUGGCAUAGCCACACUGUCUCAGGCCAUGGUGACCCCCGUCAUCCCCUCCAAUGGCAUUUACAUGACUCUGGAGGACAUCAAGGCCAAGAUCAUUGUCGGAGAAGAUGUUCAUGUCGCACCUACCAAGCUCAUCUGUCUGGAAAACACAAUGGGUGGCGCCAUUUACCCCAUUGAGGAGAUUCGUCGCAUUUCAAAGUUUGCACGGGACAAUGACAUCCCUAUCCAUCUGGAUGGCGCCAGACUGUGGAAUGCAAGCAUUGCUACAGGCGUGUCAAUGCGGGAGUAUGGUUCACUCUUUGACUCGAUCUCUUUAUGUCUAUCAAAAGGCUUAUGUGCCCCUGUAGGCAGUGUGCUUGUGGGGUCAAAGAAGCUGAUCAAGACCGCUACCUGGUUUAAGAAGCAGGCCGGAGGAGGAAUUCGGCAGUCCGGUAUCCUGACAUCUGCAGCUAACGUUGCAUUGGACCAAGUCUGGCCCUCAAUGGCAAAAACUCAUGCUACUGCGAAGGAGUUCGCCAACUUUGUUACUUCUGACCUGGGCCUCAAGCUCCUUUUUCCCGCUGAUACCAACUUUGUUUACAUUGAUGAAACGGACAAAUUUGAUUCUGAUGUCUUUGUCAAGCUUGGAGCGGAGCGGGGCAUCAAGUUGCUCGGAGGCAGAAUCGUCUUCCACUACCAUACUUCACCCGAGGCCAUUGAGACCUUGAAGGAGGUGCUUCAAGAGGCUAUCAAACAGUAUUCUGGGGUAAAGGAAGACAAGCUUAAGACUAGUGGCUACAUCUAA